UGGUGACGUCACGGCGCGCCACGCGGUUCGUUGUUUACAUGUUGUACAGAGCGGCGUGUUGUGAAAUCGUGUUCAGGGAUUCGGUUUCAUCAGUCACAUGUCUCAGACUUCUGACACACUCUAAACACCUGAAACAGCAGAGACACGUUUACCGAUUUUACACCGGUUUAUUCUCGGGUGGAGUAUUUGUGUGUGAGAUGAUGUUUGAGCUCUGGAGUCGACUGGUCCACAUGUACCGCUCCUCAGGACCUGGAGAACCUGACGGCUGUGUAAAGAACGCCGGCCUGUCGGCUUCUCCUGCUGGUCCGGAGCUGUCAAAAACCAAAGAGGAGAAGAUUCCAACCUUACAGGAGUUUCUACAACACGCACGGAGGCUCAGUGGACUGAAGAAAGAGAACCUGUUCUGUAACCUGCGCAUCCCAAAUCAGUUCCAGACAUCACGACAGGAGAUCAACCUCAUCAUCCUCACAGGUGCCGGUGUGUACUGUAUAGAUGUGAUGCCAUGGAGGGGUGUGGUCUCUGCUCCCGCCUCCAACACAUGGCACAUCCAGGUAAAAGAGGAGGAGCAGAACUUCAGCAACACGUCCAUCCAGCAGAUCCCUGACCCACUGCAGUCCAUCAUGAUGAAAGCCAAAGACCUGUGCAGCCACAUGCAGCGGUGUGGCGUGAACAUCAAGCCCACGCUCUUUUUACCCAGAAUCCUCUUCCUCUCACCACACUGUCAUCUUAAUGAAGAGUUGAGGAAGAGGAAGGAGCUGGUCUCUUCUGAAGACGUGGAGACGUUUCUUCGCUCAAUCACAGAGGGUUAUGUCACCUGGAUCGCAGACGCCAUCACACCUUCGUGGAUCUCAGGUCACCUGUCAUUCAGACAGCUGGGAGCAGCAAGACACAUUUUGGGACAGUUGGGGACGUGGGACGUGGUGCAGCUGAGCAGUGGCACUGAGCUGAAGGGAGACUUUCAGGGUUGCCAGCACCUCGCGCUUGACAGACAGGAAACAGACAUGCUGGAGUUCAGCAGGGGGCGGAGCUUAAGCACUGAAACACUGUGGGCUCUGCUGGGACACAAACCACAGGUGACGGUGAGGAUGUACAAGCGCGGAGCUCGGAGCUGGUUGGGAAAACCUCUGAGCGGGACGACCACCAUCCCAUCCAACACACACAUCGUGUUCCGCAUCAGCGGAGACGACAAAGACGCCAAGAUCCCAGCUAACAAUAUUCACACCAUCACACUUAGCAUCUAAAGACCUAUUGAGAAAGAGAGAAAGGAGAAAGAAAAGAGAAAGAAAGGAGGAUCUCCAGAUAAAAAGUUAACAAACUUAACGACUUCACAUGAUUCUAAAUGAACUCCAGACUGUAUUUGAAGUAAUUACUCUAUUUAAACACAUGGUAAUAAUUCAAACCCUAAAAACCGACUUAACACUGCCUUAAGCCUGACUUAACACUGCCUUAAUCAUGAUUGUAAACUGCCUUAACCCUGACUUAACACCACCUUAACCAUAACUUAGCACCUAAUUAAGUCUGACUUAACACCUCCUUAACCCUGACUUAACACUUCUAUAUUCCUUACUUAACACUGCCUUAUUCAUGAUUGUAAACUGCCUUAACCCUAACUUAACCCUGACUUAACCCUGACUUAACACCACCUUAACCAUAACUUAGCACCUAAUUAAGUCUGACUUAACACCUCCUUAACACCCUGAUUUAACACUCCUAUUAUCUUCACUUAACACUGCCUUAACCCUGAACUAACACCUAAUUAAGCCUGACUUAACACCUCCUUAACCCUGACUCAACCCUGAUUUAACACUUCCUUAAUCUUGACUCAACCCUUUUAGAACAUAAAUAUAAAAAUGGCCUCCAGACUGAAACCAGAGGUCGGCCAUCUUGUUUAGUUUCAGAAUUCUUCAGCCCAGUGCUUGUUGUAUUCAGCCUUCUUCAUAAGAACAGUCUUUGUAUGAAAGUAUUGGCACCCUUGUGCCAUCUUUCUUGUGCCCCUUGCUCAGUAGUCCUCCAUAACAGGACUCAGUUUUUUACCAGAAUUUGAAUGUUUCUGAUGUAACACACUUUAAAGGGUGAAAACGAUCUUAACAUUAUUGCUGUAUUAUAUCUUAUUUCCCUGAGAAGAUGAUGAUGAUGAUGAUGAUGACGGUUCUUCUAAAGACGGCAUCCUUCAAAAGAACCUUACACUCAUAGGUGCACUUUAAUAUAUUCUGUUUCCCGCACAACGUGUACAGUUUAUCCUGAACACGUCUAAAGUCUGUAACACGUCUAAAGUCUGAAACACGUCUAAAGUCUGAAACACGUCUAAAGUCUGAAACACGUCUAAAGUCUGAAACACGUCUAAAGUCUGAAACACGUCUAAAGUCUGUAACACGUCUAAAGUCUGAAACACGUCUACAUCUCUCGUAGAUGGAGAUGGGGUUUGGAGACCUGCUUGUUUAACAGAUACACGGUUUGUGACGGCUGUAAUUGCUCACUCAACAAAACAGCGGCUGCUCAUCUUGACACGUUUUUCAACACGGAAUCCAUUUGUGACCUCGGCAUUGUUAAAGCUCUCCAAGAGCAGCGGCUGGAGCACAAGCUACGUAAACUGCGCUAAACUCCAAUCGUGACACAACUGCACUCCUUCACCCUGGCACAAUGGGAAUCGCUGGUGUUUUAUGGAAAUGCCGAGAGUUUUGCUAAUUAUCGCGGCUCAUUUUCUCUUGUUUUGGAUGACGAGACUAGUGUCAGAAUACGCUUUUUAGCGGCAAAUUAAUUAGCGAUUGUGUCACUGAACUCGUUCAAGGAGCGAGCACUAACGCUAAUUUGAUACAGGUGUGGAACUGGGGCUGCUUGAUGCUAGCGAACAGUCGUGUUGAUCGUGAAGCUUUCAGAAAGUUUUCUUUUAACCCUGAAUAGUUUUUGUCUCGCAUCAAUGUUCUAACAAUUCCUUCAUUAAUUCCCUGACAUUGUUCCAUUCUUUGUUUUUUCUUAGCAUUGGAUUUUCACACUAUUUAUCAUCCGUGCUAUGCUAUGCUAGUUUUUACCACCAGAUCAACGAAGAAAGACAUUGAUUGAAGAGUAAUUAGUGUCAGUAUCGAUGGCUAACCAUACCGUUCUGGUGUGUUAUGCUAGCUUAGCAUGAUGUAUUGUUUAUUAUUAGAAUUCUUCAUUUGUUUCUUGUGACUCAUUGACUAGAUUGUGCCCUUCUUUUAGCAUUAUUGCUAACAGCUAGCACUCUCAUUUUGUGCCACUUAAUCCAUUAUCAUUUCCUGUCAGUGCUAACAGCUAUGUUAUGCUAGCUAGUUUAUUAUUACAAAGAAAUAAUUGGUCUUAUUUGUUGAAUCAUUCACAAGGUUUUUUUACUCAGUGCAUUGUCCUUCUUUCUUACCGCCAGCGCUAACAGCUAACAGUCCCAUUUAGCGUCUCUGGUAUUGGCUUUAAUGGAGUUGUUAUAGAUGUAGCGCGAGUGCCUUAAGCUAACACACAGAUUCGGAUCUUUGUGAAUGGCGGCUCUCGAGUCUCAAACUGCAUUAUGUUGCACUCAAGUUUCACAAAUGGCUGUUUAUGAAUUUCCCCUGGAGGACAUUUCGUGUGCGUGUGAGCUCUGAGGUUUGACACGGAGCGGCCGUGUUAUCGGUGAAAAGCAUCGCAUAGCCACGAGCUGACGGUUUCUUUAGUGAGGUAUGACUGCGGAUGAGAAGCGCUUUAUUUUUGCUUUAAUAGGAACGUGAGCUGUGGUGAAAAUGUGCAGAAAGUCUUACAAAAUGUGUUUUAGACUUUCACAAACUCACCUUUUACACUUUAUAAGAACAUUGUAAGUUACAUCAUAAUUUGUCCCAUUAAAAAUAACGUAUAUGUUUAAACUUUGUUUACUCCAGAGAAAGAUAAAAAAGUCUUGAUUCUCAACUAACGUUUCAAAGUAUGAAAAAACAACAACGUAGAUUUACAAGUAACCAAUCAGCAGAAAGUACAGCUGCUAGCUCCGCCUACCAAGUUCCACUGUUUCCACUGAUGGGAAACCGCUUUCUGGUAGAUUAUUAUUAUUAUUAUUAUUAUUAUUAUUAUUAUUAUUAUUAUUAUUAUUAUUAUUAGGGAAGAUCUGGAAAAGAUGAUUCACUGUUUAUUCUAAAUAUAUAACUGAUGAAAUGUAAAGUGAACUCAGGUCCACUUGUAACCUGGUUUUACUCAUUAACAUAAACAGAUCGUUUAUGGGUUUGUUUUUACAGAAUAUAUUUUAACUAUGCACAAAAACGAUUCCAUUAUCAGGGAAAGCAAAGGGAAAAUGACCUAGCUUUAAAUGCUAUGAGUUUUUUUUUUGAGAUGUAGCGUUAAUUACAUGCAUAAAUGUUUGUGUCCAAUUACUGAGUUUCCAAAGUUUUUAAAAAUCCUAUUGUGUGAAUUAUUAACCGCUCUACUGUAUAUUCCUGUGGUAAACCUGGGUGGCAUUUUUACUGUGUUUUCUACCGUUUGAUGAUAUUACUGAGGUUUGUGUUUGUUUGUUUAUGUGACUUUUUAAUUAAUUACAAUAAAAUGGCAGCAUGAUGUUGGCAAACGUCUGUGCAUGGAAAUAAAAUUAUAAAUAAAUAAAUAAAAAAACAACAAGAAC